CUCCCUCUCCUCCGCAAUCGCCUAUCUUCUCGCACUUCUUACUGCUCGUCAAGACAGCUUCUACACCGAUCAUUCACUACAUCAAACGCAAUCAUGGCUGAAUGUCCUGUCAAGCACGCCAACGUCGGCGGUGGCGGUCAACGCAACACUGACUGGUGGCCAAACGAGCUCAGACUCAACAUCCUACGUCAACACACAAGCACUACGAACCCACUCGGUCAGGACUUUGACUAUCCUGCUGCCUUCAAGGGCAUCGACUACAACGAGCUAAAGAAAGAUCUCCAUGGAGUCAUGACCAAUUCUCAAGACUGGUGGCCUGCCGACUUCGGCCACUACGGUGGUCUGUUUGUCCGUAUGGCAUGGCACAGCGCUGGUACGUACCGUGUCUUUGACGGACGUGGAGGUGGCGGUCAUGGCCAGCAGCGUUUCGCUCCUCUGAACAGCUGGCCUGACAAUGUCUCCCUCGACAAGGCCCGCCGCCUACUGCUACCUGUCAAGCUCAAGUACGGCAACAAGCUAUCUUGGGCUGAUCUAUUCCUCCUCACCGGAAACGUCGCUAUCGAGUCUAUGGGCCUGAAGACUUUCGGUUUCGCCGGUGGUCGACCUGACGUAUACGAGGCCGACGAAUCAGUAUAUUGGGGUGGCGAGACUACAUGGCUUGGAAACGAUGUGCGAUACUCUGACGGUAACGUCGGUGUUUCGAACGAGGGUUCAGGCUCUGGUGUUGUUGAUGGAGACCAGUCCAAGAAGAAUCAUUCCGAUAUCCACAGCCGUGACCUCGAAGAACCCAUUUCCGCUGCUCACAUGGGCUUGAUCUACGUCAACCCAGAAGGUCCCGAUGGCGUCCCAGACCCCGUUGCUGCUGCUCGUGACAUCCGUACCACCUUUGGUCGUAUGGCCAUGAACGACGAGGAGACCGUUGCCCUUAUUGCUGGUGGUCACACGUUCGGUAAGACUCAUGGUGCUGCGCCCUCAGAUAACAUUGGCAAGGAGCCCCAGGGUGCCGACAUUCACAACCAAGGAUUUGGUUGGAUCAACAAGCACGGCUCCGGAAAGGGUCCCGACACCAUCACCAGUGGCCUCGAGGUUACUUGGACUUCAACCCCCGUCAAGUGGAGCAACAAGUACCUCGAAUAUCUCUUCAAGUACGAGUGGGAGCUCACCAAGAGCCCUGCUGGUGCCAACCAAUGGGUAGCCAAGACGGAUGACUUGAUCAUCCCUCACGCCUAUGACUCCAACAAGAAGCUGAAGCCUACCAUGUUGACCACUGACUUGUCCCUCCGCUUCGACCCUGCGUACGAGAAGAUUUCUCGCCGCUUCCUCGAGAACCCCGACCAGCUCGCUGAUGCAUUCACACGUGCGUGGUUCAAGCUGCUACACCGUGACAUGGGUCCUCGCUCGCGCUGGGUGGGACCUGAGAUCCCCAAGGAGGUGCUCAUCUGGGAGGAUCCCAUCCCUGAAGUCGACUUCCCAGUCAUCAAUGACAGUGAAAUCGCUUCUUUGAAGAAGGAAAUCUUGGCCACUGGCAUCGACAACGGCAAAUUCAUCUCUACUGCAUGGGCUGCGGCAUCUUCGUUCCGUGGCAGCGACAAGCGUGGUGGUGCCAACGGUGCUCGUAUCCGCCUAUCUCCCCAGAAGGACUGGAAGGUCAACAACCCUCCAGUUGUCAACGAAGUCCUCAAUGCACUUUCCAGCGUGCAACAGAAAUUCGGAAAGAAGGUCUCACUCGCAGACCUCAUCGUUCUGGCCGGAGCUGCUGCUCUGGAGAAGGCAUCUGGCGUGCCAGUCCCAUUCACACCUGGUCGUAACGAUGCUACCCAAGAGCAGACUGAUGUCGAGUCCUUCAAGCACCUCGAGCCAUUUGCCGAUGGCUUCCGUAACUACGGCAAGUCUACACGCAGAGUACGCACCGAACAGUUCUUGGUCGACCGUGCUCAGCUCCUCACUCUUUCCGCGCCGGAGCUUACCGUCCUGAUUGGUGGCCUCCGAACUCUCAACCAGAACUUUGACGGAUCCGCCCAUGGUGUCUGGACGAAGACUCCUGGUCAAUUGAGCAACGACUUCUUCAAGGAGCUUCUCGACAUGAGCACUGAGUGGAAGCCAUCUAGCGACGACCACGAGCUGUUUGAGGGUGUAGACCGCAAGUCAGGACAGAAGAAGUGGAGCGGGACCCGCGCUGAUCUCAUUUUCGGACACCAACCCGAGCUACGUGCUCUUGCUGAGGUCUAUGCUUCGUCAGAUGCCAACGAGCAAUUCAAGAAGGACUUUGUCGCCGCCUGGACAAAGGUCAUGAAUCUCGACCGCUUCGACCUGCCGCGCACCUCUCCUGAGCGCCCACGGUUGUAAGUGGCAUGCGUGGUAUCUGGUGGUAGAUGAGAGUCAUUCUGAGUUUUUCUUUUGUCUUGGUUCUCAUGCCAUAUUUUGAUACCGCAAGCUUGUAUCACCGCUCACAUGAUCUCAAAUAGCAACUAGAUAAAAAUGUUAAAAUCGGAUAUCAUAUUUACACAAUAUACAUAGUGCUUGAUCUA